AUGUGGGAGCUACUGACGCUCUUGAUGCUCAGUCUCACCUACUUCUUUUGGCCCAAGCUAAAGUCCCGUGGUGCCAAGUACCCCAAAAGCCUCCCGUCCCUGCCCCUGGUGGGCAGCCUGCCGUUCCUCCCCCGGGAUGCCCAGCAACACUUGAACUUCUUCAACCUGCAGAAGAAAUACGGCCCCAUCUAUUCCUUUCGGCUGGGCUCCAAGACAACAGUGAUGGUUGGUCACCACCAGCUGGCCAAGGAGGUGCUGAUCAAGAAGGGCCGGGAGUUCUCUGGGCGGCCCCGCAUGACAACGCUGGACAUCCUGUCAGACAACCAGAAGGGUGUCGCUUUCGCGGACCACGGUGCCCAUUGGCAGCUGCAUCGGAGGCUGGUGCAGGCUACCUUCACCCUCUUCAAGGACGGCAGCCAGAAGCUGGAGAAGACCAUCUGUCGGGAAGUCCGUUUACUGUGCGAUUCCCUGGCCACCCAGGAUGGGAAGUCCUUAAAUCUGUACGAGCCCAUCUUCAUGGCGAUGACCAACGUCAUCAGCGAGUGCUGCUUCAGCCUCUCUUACAAGCGCAGGGACCCGGAACUCCAAACCAUACAGAUAUACAAUGCUGGCAUCCUGGAGGCUCUGAGCCAUAACACUAUUGUGGACGUCUUCCCUGGGCUAAAGAUUUUCCCUAAUAAAACCCUGGAAAAGAUGAAGAGCUGUGUUAAAAUUCGAAAUGAACUGCUGAAUAAAAUCUUUGAAAACUACAAGGAGACCUACACCGGCGACUCAACCAGGAAUAUGCUGGACAUACUGAUCCAAGCCAAGAUGAACCUGGACAAUAACAACGCCGCCUCGAACCAGAACUCCACACUGCUUUCCGAUGAGCAUAUUCUGGGCACCAUAGGCGACAUCUUUGGGGCCGGCGUGGAGACCACCGUGUCCACGACGCAGUGGCUGAUCGCCUACCUGCUCCAUCACCCUCAGCUGAUGAAGAGGAUCCAGGAGGAGAUUGACCAGAAUGUGGGUUUCAACCGGACGCCGACGAUCGGUGACCGGCACCGCCUCCUGCUGCUGGAGGCCACCAUCCGUGAGGUGCUCCGCAUCAGGCCCGUGGCCCCGCUGCUCAUCCCCCACAAGGCCAUUGUUGACUCCAGCAUCGGUGACUAUGCCGUGGACAAGGACACAAAUAUCAUCAUCAACCUGUGGGCACUGCAUCACGAUGAGAAGGAGUGGGCCCAGCCCGACCAGUUCAGACCCGAGCGCUUCUUGGACCAGACCCGGAGCCACCUCAUCAAUCCCUCCAUGAGCUACCUGCCCUUCGGGGCGGGUCCCCGCUCCUGCCUGGGCGAGCUCUUGGCCCGCCAGGAGAUCUUCCUGACCAUCGCCUGGAUGCUGCAGCGGUUCGACCUGGAGGUCCCAGAUGACAGCCCGCUGCCCUGCCUGGACGGGCAGCUCAAGGUGGUCUUCCUGAUCGAAGCUUUCAAAGUGAAGGUCAAGAUACGCCAGGCCUGGCGAGAGGCCCAGGGCGAGGGGAGCCUCUGA